GAAGAAAUGGCUGCUGAGAUUCAAUAUCACGAAGUGUAAGAGGCUGCACCUGGGACACCAAUGGAAAUGAUGCAGUUUACACCAACCACAUAAUUCCAGAAUUCACUACACUCAAUCGAUAGAACUAUUUUUUCUAUGAUCAUUUUCUUAUAUUACACUUCAGUCGCAAAUUGAUAAUAAGGAAGUUAUUGAAUUAAAAAAAUAUAUAAUCAGAGAACUUAACCUAACCUCAUGUGCCCAGUACUUGCCAACAGUGCGUAACGGAGACGUGACCGAUUACCUAAGUAGCUAACGAGCUGAUCAGUGGUGAAGAGGAUAAAGGUAAACAGUAUAGCUCAAGAUGGAGAGAGGAGGAACUUAUUCAGCAGGUGAUGAGGAAGGUACUGAUUUAAACAAGCUCAUUCCUGAUUUACCCGAUGGCCCACUUACACAGUACCGGGCUAGAGCGUCAUUCAACUGGAAGAAAAUGAAGGCCUACCUCGACCCUCCCGAAAUAAUUGCUUUUAUGAAUCGUCUUUACAACUUCAUGGAGACGGACCCGGUGUUUCAGUAUUUAGAUGGAGAUGCGAAUCUGGAAGAACAGCGAUAUGUGACGUUACUUCGCAACAAGAAAUUAAAUAAUGCCAAAUUGUUUGCGGAUGAAGAAUUGCUUAUGGAUUUUAGGAAGGCAAUUGCCACGCCCUCUGUGUUUGGCGGACACAACUGGUCGCUGGCAGCCAGAAUGGGAUUGUUAAGGGGCUUCAUAAUCUCAGCGAUUCUUGGACUUGGGACAGAGCGUCAUAAUACAGUUGUAGACGCUUUCAUCAACCAUGAGGGAGUUGCUUAUGGUGCUACUCUGGGAGGUUAUGACUGGUCAUUUGCCACAAAAAAGUUUCUCAGCCAAGAUUUUUUCAUUUUGGGGAUUCUUGGUCAAGGUUCGGCAAAUCAUGUGAGAUAUAUUGAAGCCAUGCAGAGGCAGGAGAUUGGUGGAUGUUUCUGCCUAACAGAGAUAUCUCAUGGGACUAACUCUCGUGGUCUCAGGACACAGGCUCGGUAUGAUCCCAAAACUGAGAGCUUCAUCCUUCAUACUCCAGACUUUGAAGCAGCCAAAUGCUGGUCUGGAAACUUGGGUAAAACUGCAAGUCAUGGCCUUGUGUUUGCCCAGCUAUAUACCCCAGAUGGCAUUUGUCAAGGUCUUCACUGCUUUCUUGUCCCAAUAAGAAAUCCCAAGACUCUUGUGACAUAUCCGGGGGUCACCAUCGUCGACAUGGGACAUAAGAUUGGCCUCAAUGGAAUUGACAAUGGGCUUAUGAUGUUUGACCACUAUGCGAUCCCUCGAGAGAAUCUUUUGAACCGCACCGGAGAUGUAACACCGGAGGGAGUCUACGAGACGCCAUACAAGGACCCCAAUAAAAGAUUUGGAGCUUCCCUGGGCAACUUGUCAACGGGUCGUGUGUCAAUUAUCGGCUUCGGGGUCGUGCACAUGAAGAAAUCCCUCGCCAUUGCUGUCCGUUACUCUGCUGUCCGCAAACAGUUUGGGCCAGCAGAGGAGGAACUGCCUGUUAUUGAGUAUCCACUGCAGCAAUGGAGGUUGUUCCCGCACAUAGCAGCAACAUACGCACUGGAUAACUUCACCAAGGCUUUUAACAAACUGUUUGUUAACUUCCGUCUGGAGAUGUUUGAUGCUUCUGACAAAGGCAGAAUAGCACUGUAUGGACAAGAAAUACAUGCCUUGUCAUCUGCUGGUAAGCCGGUGUCUGGCUGGUCAGCUCAGGCCACCAUACAGGAGUGCCGCGAAGCCUGCGGUGGUCACGGCUACUUGAGAUGUGCUGGGUUUGGUUACUUACGUGAUGACAACGACGCUAACUGCACCUAUGAGGGCGAUAACAACGUCCUACUUCAGCAGACUAGCAACUGGCUCAUAGGUGUAUGGAAGAAGCGGUCAGAGGUUUCUGCAGUCUACCCAAUGGGUACAGUGGACUAUGUUGAUCAAGGGGAUCACAUUCUUGGAUGCACUUGGAAGACUUCUCCCAUUGAUGAGGACUCUACCAACCAGGAGUUGGUGCGGGUGUGCAAGGAUUCUUUACGGUGGCUGGUGUGUUGGUUGUGCCAGAGAGGCAGCAGUGAGAUCAAGCGCCACACUGCUGCUGGUCUGGAUGCCUUCACCGUCCGCAACAACAUCCAGGUCUACCUCGCUCACACCCUCUCACUGGUGUAUGUUAAGCAAGUAAUACUUUCGUGGUUUGAUGAAUCCAUCCAUGAAGCAGAGGCAAGCCUGCAGCCUGUCCUCUACCGUCUGUGUGCGCUGUAUGGUCUAACCCAACUAGAGAAGCUCCUCCCACAGCUUGUAGAAGGAGGACUUGUCCAGGAUGGCAACACAAUUUUCAUGGUUCACUUUCACAUUAAGCGUCUGUGUGGCGACUUGCUCCCUGAUGCCGUGGCUCUUGUGGAUGUCUUUGCACCACCAGACUUCUUCAUACAUUCAGCACUAGGAAAUGCUGAUGGAAUGGUUUACCAACAUCUGAAGAGAGAAAUAUUCACUGCCCCAGGUGCCUUGACUCGGUCCAAGCACUGGCAAGAGAUGAGCUACCGUUCUCCAGCCUCCAAACUCUAGGAUACAAGUGAUUUAGUAAGACACACCACCUUCUUUCAUCACCUACCAGAGCUAUCUGUCUGUCAUGGAUGAUCAUACAAGUUCCAUCUUCUGUACAGGAUAACACUAACCUCUUUGUCUCUCAUUGCCUGUCCUUACUCUAAAACUGUCACUUGUAAAGUUCUCCAGAUUAGUUGUACCAGCCCCUUUAACUUUCCAAAUUGUUAGGACUAAUUCCCUCACUUGUGCAAGAUGAUAGAGCCAGUACAGUCUUCUAUUGAGAACCAGCAUUGUUACCUCUCAUGGUGAGUGAGUUGCGAGUCUUCAAGGUGUCUUUGAUAUAUAGUAAAGUAAACCAAACCUCUAAUUUCAGUAUUAAAAUAAUUUGUCAUGUGAGAGAGUCAGUGGAGACAGCAGGGGUAAUCUAUUAGUUACUGGGAGAUUACAUUGUAUAUGGAUGUAUUGUAGGUGUAAACGUGCACACAAGAAGUUGCUAUAUUCACUUACCACGAGAGUCGGCUCUUGCAUACAUUUAUUUCACAGGUAAAGAAUUUCCUUAAAGAUUUCAAAUACACACGUGAAAAAAUUUAAAGUGGAUCCCAUAGGCACGACUGCUCGUUAGGGGCAGUGUGGAUACACCAAACUGUAUACUGUACAGUGUUAAGCCUUUGGUAAGCAAGGAGGCAGUGUUGCCAGCACUUGUACUCAACCACCUUCACAUCCCCAUGUAAAGUUAGGUACCCAUUUACAUCUGCAAGGACUGGUAUUAUCCCAGAAUCAAACCUCCAAUCCUAAAUACCCAAACUACAUAGGUAUAUUUGGCAAAAUAUAGAGCAAUGCAACAACCCACGAGUGACAUGUAAUUUCACCAUUGUUUGUGUGUUCACAUGUAACAAACAUUCAAGAAGAAAGGCAUGAUGGAGAGAACAAAGAGGGAUCACAAAACCUUUAAAUAACUUAUGUGAGAAGCCAUCACAACACUAUCAUGGAAUGUGUAUAAUAGACAUUAUAAGUGAGCUAGAGACCAGUUCCCUUCCUCCAGGCAGCAUCAUGGGGUUUGCACAAAAGUCUUGGCCUCAUGUACAGUUCUGUAUUUAUUAAAAACAAGCACCACUAACUUAAGUGAUUUACUAUUUCAUUACUCUACAGUAUUUACAUUUCCCUGAACUUUGUAUAGUAAUAAAGGAAAUGGUUUAAUGUUUGGUGUAAAAGCCAUAGGCCUACCAACACAAAUCAUGCACAAUGCUGGCCACUUAAAAUUAUCUUGAAUUAUUUAUUUCCUUUUCAGUCUUAAAAUAUUUCAAUAGUUUUUCUAGACAUACUUACAGUAUGGGAGAGAGAGAGAUAUUUUGUUUAAAGUUUUGAUUGUAUAAUAAUUUCUUUUUCUUUUUCCUGAUAGUUUUAGUGUAUAUGCAGUAUACUUCUCUCAACGCCCUGAACCUUGUUUACUGUGAAGGUACAGUUAUCUACAGUAUAUGCAGUAUACUUCUCUCAACGCCCUGAACCUUGUUUAUUGUUUGCUGUGAAGGUACGGUUAUCUACAGUAUAUGCAGUAUACUUCUCUCAACGCCCUGAACCAUGUUUAUUAUUAUUUACUGUGAAGGUACAGUUAUCUACAGUAUAUGCAGUAUACUUUCUCUCAACGCCCUGAACCUUGUUUAUUAUUUACUGUGAAGGUACAGUUAUCUACAGUAUAUGCAGUAUACUUCUCUCAACGCCCUGAACCUUGUUUAUUGUUUACUGUGAAGGUACAGUUAUCUACAGUAUAUUUGUAGUGAUUUAAUGAGAGUCACUUAAUAAACUAAAGUACAGUAUUUUUAGUGAUGGUUCUUAAAUAUUUUAUGAUUUUUUUACAUCAAAAUAUGGAAUUCAUCAUACAGUACUAAACAUGGUGCAGAGGUUAAAUUAAUAGGGUAAAUUGAUCUUAGUUUGUUGUAUAGAGUAAUGAAUACCUGUAAUGUAAAAAUGUAACAUUACUCUGAUAUAUAAAAUUCUUAGUGUGUUACAGUGAAUGUGGUUUUACCCUCAGUGUACUGUUGUAAUAAAUUAUAUUUCAUGGAU